CCCAGAUGUCAUGAUGCCCUACGGGGCCUACGGGGCAUAUGGGUUGGCGGCAUAUGGGGAUCCGUACCAGUACUCUGCUGCUGCUGGAGCUUUUCAACAGGAACAACCACAGCAACAACAAUAUCCACCACCGAUACCAUUGCCAAGGAGUGUCCUGCCGACCGGUGUGAAUUUCAAGGUUGGUUCACAAAAGUCCGGAGCGGUUGUUCCUGAGACAGCUGAAGAGUGGAACGAACAUCGUGAUUUGAUCACCAAGUUAUACCGUGACAUGAACUUGCCUUUACGUGAAGUUCAAAGAAUCAUGGAGGAGGAUUACAACUUUAAAGCUACGAGACGAAUGUUCAACAGUCGUCUGAAACGUUGGGACCUUUGCAAAAACCUCCGUGCCAGAGAGAAAGAAGAACUUGCUGCCCGGAUUGCCGAGGCACAUUUUGAGAACCGAUCACUUGACACCAUCACUUACAAGAAUAAACCCGUCAAGCUUCACCGUGUGUUGAGGCAUUGCAAAGUCAAGGCUCGAGAACGUCAGCGCCAGCGGGAAAGACAACGACAACAACAACGACAACAAGAAGAAGAGGAGGAACAAGGAGAAGGAGAAGGAGAACACAAGGCAUCGUCUGAAGGUUGCUUUGAAGACUCGAAGUCGAACAGAGUACAUGAUACUCAAAGCGAAAUGGUUCGUGUGCCAGCAGCAGCAGCAGCUCCCGGAGGAAGCAUGAUGCGCCCCAAGACUCCGGGACCAGACAUGAAAUGCAACACUUCAGGAUCAGAAACCUCCUCAAGUGGUGCUGUCUUGGUCACUCCAGAGUCAGGGAAUACCAGUGUAACAAACUUGACGCCCGGGUCUAGUGACAACGAGGUCGUACUGUACAUGAAUGGCAGCCAGCCUAUACAGAAUCACCUACUGCCACACCCGGAGCCCCCGAUUUUUCCACCAAAAGGAGGCACGAUGAACGUCGACUUCAUCCUGAACCAGACCCAAACGUACUACCUGGCUCACCUGGAGACCAUACGGUUCGAGGCUACAGAAAUAUACAACACAACGACAAAAUCCAACUUGUUCUGGUCGAAUGUCAAAUCGGCCAUUUACUUUCUCAAGAUGAAAACGCCCGCACUGGCAUGGCCGCUGUUGAACGAGGCGUGUGGACUCGUCGGAGAUAUUUUGGGGGGCAACGUACCCAUCUUGUUCUUGAACAGCGUCUUUGCCGUUCUAUCGCCCGUCAACACGCGGAUAUGCCCAUUGGCUCGCAGCACGUUGCUCCGGUACCUGUCACAGAUGGCCUCGAUCAAGCUGACACCCCUUCAUCCGCUGACAAUCUUGUUCCGAGAAAUCGCGCAAGAGGAUGGAUUUGGUCUGACAUCGGAGACUGCAUUGUUGCUCACGCUGAACAUGUUGCGCCACCAUCUAGGGGAGGACCAUACUGGAACCUUUACGGUUCACCGAUCUCUGAUCAGUCUGUUGCGUCGUGACGGCCGUCUAGAAGAAGCAAAACAACAGAGUGAAGAGUUGGUGAGGACGACGGAACAAGCGUUGACGUCGCAGGUUGGGCUACUAAUUACGGUACGGACCAAGAAGCCCACCAGCGUCAGCAUGACCGAACUGUGCAUCGCCAUGACUGAGCUCGUGCACAUUUACAUCGACAUGAAGGAUUGCGCGGUGGCCAAGGACAUUUGUGACAAGGUGAUUGAGAAUUACAGGACGAUUCAAGGUCCGAAUUUUCCCGACAGUCGGGCGGCGUAUGCGAUGGAAGAUAUGGCACAGCUUUGUGAAGCGUUGGGGGAUGGGCUUGGUGCGGUGUACUGGUUGAGACAGGCCAUGGAGGCGAGUUGGAUGUUGAGAGGGAAGUCUGAUGCCGCCACCAAGCACGUGAAGAAUAAGUUGGACGAAUUGAUGAAGACGAUGGAGAUUUCGUAGUACUUCUAGA